AAUUUUAGGUGUUAACGGUCACGACAACGCUGGAAAUGGAAUUUACGUUCGUACGAGGAACGUAAACACGCAGUAGAUAGGGAUAGACAUAAACAAUUCAAUGCGUGGAUAAUUUGAGUGUGUUUGCAAAGCUCGUACAUUCCGUGUUCCCCCCAUUCCGCACCCAGUUCAUCGAUUGAAUGUCAAAUAGUAUAUAGAUAGCUACCGUAGGCAUGUAUAUUUUGCCAUUUUUCGUCCCUUCCUUUGUUUACCCAUGAGUCAUUGUUACAUAUUACUGUAUAGCUAACAAGACCUUUAGUUAUGAUAAAACAGAAAUUCUAGUUGGCCAUAUUGGGCACAGGAUCACUAUAUUUGAGACGAAAAUAUCAUAGUUGUUCUCGAAAGUAUUUAUAAAGCAACACACGUGGAAUGUGUUGGCGACUAAAAGCAGUCGCUAAUGAACGAAAUUGCUAUGCUUAAAACUUCUACAAGUAAGUCACAGUAUCGUAUCAACAUACUGCUGCCUAUUCUGUUAUCAAGUUUAACAACUUUGCAUGUUUAUAGAACUGGAUUUAAUGUCUAUGUGCAGAAUGAAGACAAGGUUGAGUUGUAAAAAUACUUUGGGGUAGAAUUUAUCGGAAAGCCGGAAAAAACACAUUAGAUUCGCUGAAAUGUUGUUACAUAUCCAGCGCAAAAUCAAGUCUAGCUGACGAUAGAUGAUGUUUAAAACAGUAAUGAACCACAGCUGGCAAUUGUGUCCAACAGUGAUUCAUUAUAAGACGAGUUACUCAGGCUGAGCAGAAUUAUAGAUAAUAAUACGUUAUAGAAAAAUAAUGUUGUUCUAUUAUUUCGUUAGAUAGUUUAAUCUGAUAUAAUAACAACACAUCAUCGUUAAUAGAGGUUGUAUUUCGUGAUACUGACUAAUAUUACGGUCUGACCACCCAGGACGUUAAUUAACUAAUGCGUUGUAUUUUUUUAUGAUAGAACAAUUUACAUGAAACAAUGUUGAUAAACGGGAAAGUAUGUGAUCAUACCUACACACCCAGGUCUGACCUCCCAGGUCGUUAAUUAACUAAUGCGUUGUGUGUUUAUAUGAUAGAACAAUUUACAUUAUACAAUUUACAACUGUAAAACAGAAAAGUUAAGUUCAUGCCUACACACCUACUAGAAAAUAUACAUCUCGCGUUCUAACAUUCUUGCGUUCAGGAAAAAGAAAUGGGAUAGGAGGAGAUUGAGAAGGAUAAUAAGAAACUCACGCAAUAAACAGUUUAUAGAUCAAUUGAGAAAAAUCAUCACAUAUUCCAAACGGAAUCGAACCGUGAGGCCUGUGAAAUAUGAUAAAAAACAUUAAAGAAAAACUAUAGUAUGUUUCUAUGCCUUCAUCAAAAAGAACAAAGGACGUGCAAUGGCGCAAAUAAACGUCAUUCUAUUUUUGACAAGUUAUAUGCCUGUCUGGCAAUGCUUCAACAGAAACUUCUCGAUGCAGUAACGGGGAACUUCAUAACUUAAUUCCAUACAAAAAUCUGUCCUCACUGCCUGAUAUUUAUAAGUGUUCUCGUAGAACAAUGAUAGGAAUUCCAUUUCGGUUUCAUCAAGAAUGGAACAGAAGUAUAAACUAUGUGAUUUAAACAAAACUCAUGCACAAAAUAAAGUUGUGAUUGCUAUAACGUUAUAACCUUGACUGUAUUUAGAGGCAUGUUCAUAACAACAUCCACUGACCGCUUAUUUAUGACUCGUUCGCAUAACAAAAAUAAACCAAUUAAAGUACUUCGUAGGGCAGCAGAGCUCGUUAAAAUACGUCCUCUCUCUGUCACGCAAUAACGAAUUUCCCGGCUGUAUAUAGGACCCGGUUGUCGAAAAAUUUUCCAUUUGAAGUCGAACCGCGCAGAAUCGCGCUGGCACCGCGCUGUAGGCAAGUGGAAGAUAUUAUUUUGGCUAAAAUUAAUUCUUCGAACAUUCCUACGAUACUGAAGAAAUAACUGAACAAUAGUAGGAAUCAGAAUACAUUAAUAUUGUAACGGGAGAGACAUAUUGAAGACUUCAAGAUGAAGUCCACUGAAAAAUUUAAGUAUCAUGUGGUACAAUUUUUGGAAUUUCCUUACAAAGGUAUCGAUGAGUAUGUUUGCGUUCCGUCGACGUGGAUAGUGUUACGCAGAAAAAUAGAUCGAAGAGUAAUAGUUACAUAUCCUGUCGAAAAUCCAUCAGAUACAGCAAAGCGUGUUAAAAGGAGGCAAAAACGUUCAGACGAUUGGAAAUUAUAUCUGUCUGUUGUGGAAUAUUGCACUGAUGUGUACGAAGACGCGGAAAUUUUUAUCAACGAAAAGAUGAAUGAUGUGUAUUAUGAAUACAAAUGUUCUAAUCUACAUAAGAGAGAUCGAGAAUUAUCAGCGCCAGUAGAGAAAAAAACACGAAGACCCAUACGAAACUCGAAGUCAUAUCAUGAAAUCGACAAACCUCUGGAUUUAGUGGUAACAUUAAAGAAUAAUGACAAAUUUGAAAAAAGGCAACUGAAGCGAACGGCACUGCCCACUCCAUACACAGAAGCUGCUUUUAAACGGUCAAAAGAAGUUGAGCCAACUAAAUCUGUUAGCGACGCCACAGGACAGCCGAGUCAAGUAUUCGAAUGCUUGACUGACCAUCAACCUCCACCAACUCCAGAAGAUGUUUCGAUGCAAAAUUCUUGUUCAUCAGAAAAAUCUGUGGAAGAAUCUAACGACAGAAGUUGUGUUGAAGAAAUAGAGCGCGUUGAAAACAGUGAACAGGAGCGACCAUCUGUUAUUCAGAACUUUCCGAAUUUAACAAAUUCAUUGUCGAAUACUAAAAUACUAAUUGACUCAACAUUUUUGACGGAACUCUUCACAGUCAUACGAAACCAACAUCAAGUUUCUGCUAACUCACUCUUGAUGGUAGAUCAUUUACGGAGAGUGAUAGUUGAUAAUGCAAAAGCACUGAGAGAUGUAAAACAGUUACUCGCUGAUAGCCGUAGUUCAAACAGCAAUAGUCCGACCACAUCUCUAUCAACAAACACUACAGUGGAAAUUGAGAAGAUAUCCGAAAAGAACCAAAGUAAACAACAGCAACAGCAAGAAGAAUACGAGAAUCAUCUUGAUGUUAAUAUGAAUGAAGUUCCUAAGAAAAAACGUACUCAGAAGCGUAAAUUCGUUCUACCUCCAGAAUACGAUAAAAAUGACUCAAGAUGGACCUUGAAGCAUCGUCGAUUGGUUCCGGGAGUUGUCGAACUCAUGCCCCAUACCAACGUCUACAUCAAUUUCGUAGCGCUGAGUAAUUGCAAAAGAUUGGCAAAAGAUUGUAAAUCAUUGGCUCGAAUGUUGUUGGUCGAAAUUUUCACUAAAAGUGCAUUGGCCGUAUGUUCAUUUACCGGGUCAAGAGCUAGAGCUUACGAUGUCGUAGGCGCAACUAUCAGACCAGGAUUAGAUGAAAAUGCAAGAACAGUGUUACUGACAUAUGUUGAAGAGUACGGGCGUGAAAAAAGUUGGAUCACAGUAGAUACUCAAUCUAUUCAGAACAGUAUUCGCAAUAAAAUGCAGGAGUUCAGAUUCAAAUUUGGAUAAUUAGUUUGUUAUUGCGCGCAGUUAUUAUUAAUAGUAUCUAUACAUUUACGGGUAUUAGUUUUAAGUGUACUUAUUUACUAAGAACUAGUUUGUAUCAUUAAACUAUUAUUUCUAGUCUUGUUAUAUUGAUUUAUCUGAAUAAAUGUCAUGAAUGUAAUUAGCAAGUUCUGAUUUCAAUUUUCCUUCUCACAUCUUCCUCUCUCGAGAAUACUACAACUUUGUUUGUCGUUAAUUAAAUAAAAUGAUAUCCUAAUACUUCUUUGUAUUCAAAAACCCCCGAGUCCCGACCAUUUACUAUUUAAUAUUCGCAGAUGCAACAUUCACCCGAAUAGAAAACUUAUAGGUGGCCAGCCCGUAGCUAACAGAUUUUAGUUAUACCUCAUCACUGUCUAAUAAAAUUUGCAAGCCAUAACCUCACUAUGUAACGCCAUCUUAGCCGAUGGCUGACUGAUCAAAACAAGCCAGUGGAUAGAUUCAAACAUAUAUCUAAUAGCUAGGUUAAAACAAUGAGGUAGUAAGUGUGCAAUUAUGAAUAGCUAAUCGCUGGCUAAAAAAAUAAGCUAAUGACAAGAUAUGAAAAGUAGCCAGUGGCUAGCUAAAAAAUAUGAGU